AUGAAGUAUGGCAGACGUCUUAGUUUCUUUACGUUCCUGGCCAUGCAGUGCCUUUUUGGUGUUGUCACUGCCAUUGCUCCUGACAUUGUACAUUUCAUUGUUCUACGUUUCUUCGUGGGUAUCACUUCAUCUGCAGUUGUUGCAUCUCCAAUUGCUUUAGCACAAGAGCUGGUAGGUCCAAAAUACCGCACUCAAGUGUCAAUAUUAAGCCACUCUGCCCGAAGCUUUGGUCUCAUCUUUCUUUCCAUAAUGGCUUUCCUCGUACGGGAUUGGUCUCAUAUUGCUCUUGUCACUACGCUGCCUUUCCUUGCCUUCUUUCUCUUUUGGUGGGUAUUUCCAGAGUCACCUGUUUGGCUAAGAGAUCAAGGAAGAUAUGAAGAAGUGGAAAGAAUUUUCGAUGUAAUAGCUCAAGCAAAUGGUAGAGAGCUGACACCGGAAUAUAUCAUCAAUCUGAAGAGGCGUUUCCGCAUCGAGGGCUCCAUGCUGAAGGAGAGGCGGCGGAGCGGAAGAGAAAGGCGAUACACCAUUUGGGACUUAUUCCGAGGCUCCAAUACCAGCAGAAAAACAACCGCCAUCAUUUUUAUUUGGUUUACAUCCACCACUGCAAGUGUAGGUUUAAGCCUUUAUUCAUUGGAGCUGGAAGGCGACAUUUACGUAAAUUUCUUUAUGUCAGCUGGAGCAGAAGUUGCCGCUGCAGCGGUGAUUGUGGUCGCUGUUGGACACUGUGGUCGACGAUGUUCUUUUUGCCUCAGUUCCGCUUUAGGUGGAGCACUGACGCUUUCUAUCGCAACUACACAAACAGGGACAACAUCUCGACUGACAAUGUUCGUCGUGGCUAAACUUAGCAUAUCCUCUUCAUCUGUCGUUCUUCCCCUGUGGACGGGGGAAUUACUUCCUGCUGUUGUUCGAUCUUUAGGAAUACAAUUAGUAGACAUGGUCGGGUUAAUAGGACCUAUAGCUCUUCCUUUUAUACUGCAUCAGGGAAGAAAAUCACCCGGGGUGCCUUUAAUAACUUUAGGUUCAUUGCAACUUCUUGGUGCGCUUGUGUCCCUAUUGCUUCCAGAGACAAUCCAUCAGAAAACCCUCCUUACUUUAAAAGACGGAGAAGAAUUCGGAAAACAUCGGACUUGGGCAGAUUGCUUUCGCCUUGGGCCGCCGAGGCAGGAAGCAAAGAAUGGAAUUUUGAAGAACAGGGGCCCACAACCUCAAUCUCCAAUACUUAGUCUUCUUCGCAGACAAGACAGCUUACGCCGAGCCAGUUCUGAAGGGGAUCAAGAUCAUUCAGAUCCUCAAUCAGAGAGCUCUACCGAGCAAGGAUCAAUAAUUGAAACAGUCAAGAUAACAGUUGUAUAGUUGUCAAUAGUUUGAUACAAAGUCAUGCUUAGUUCAAGAAAAAAAGUAAAUCGCGCUUGGAGAUUUGUGGAAAAAAACUGGACAGUAAUCUUCUAGCAUAGAAAGAAAAAUUAUUAAUGCCACAGAGAGUUAACUUCAUAAGUUAUUGCAACUGAUUUUAAUCGCUUUAGUCACAAAAGCGUAUAAUACAUAAAUACAUUUGAAAACUGUUUUAUUAUAUUUUCUUUCUUUAUUCUUUUUUUGAACAGAGUUACAUACAUAACUCUAAUCUUUUUUCUUUUAAUCUAAAAGAGGCAUCUUCGGAAGAAGACAAAUUUAAA